GGAGGGAAAUUUUUUUUUUUGAAAUUUAUUUAUCGGUUAUUAAGUUUAGUAAAUUGGUAAAUUUACGAUUAUACAGAUGAGCGCGUAUCAACUAUCUUCACCCUCAUCACCCACAACACCUACUACACCACAAUCGCACUUCCAAAAUCAGAAUCUCAUGUCCCUUCAGCCGCCUUCCACACAACCUGUUAAGAUGAGUAGCAACACCUUUGUUCACAAGCUGUACAAUAUGGUUGUUGACAAGCAAUAUCAACAUCUUAUCGCUUGGAAUUAUACCGGGUCCUCCUUUAUAGUAUGUAAUAUUAUGGAAUUUUCUCGCGACGUCUUACCAAAGCAUUUUAAACACAAUAAUUUUUCUAGUUUUGUUCGUCAACUAAAUAUGUAUGGUUUUCACAAAGUGAAUAAAUCACCUCGUGGACAUCGUACACUAGCGGAAAAUCAAAUUUGGGAAUUUUCUCACCCGAAGUUUUUGCGCGGUCGUCCGGAUUUAUUAGAUGAUAUUAAAAGAAAAGCUAUGGAAUCAGAAACUUUACGACGAGAAACAGGGGAUUUACAUGCACAUCUCGCUAUGAUGCAAGUUGCACAAAAUGAAUUAAUUCAGCAAAUUAGACAAUUACAGGAAAAUUUUGCCGAGGUUAUGAGGGAUUUGGCGGAUACGAAACGAAAACAAAAUUUGCAGCAACAUUGGAUGAAAGGAAUGUGGGAAUUUAUGCAGAGUCAAGGGUCGACGGCAACACUUCCAUUUGAAUUGAAUUUUGAUAAUUUUGAAAUCAAACCUGAACCUGAACGGCCACCGAUAUAUAUCACAUCACCGGAGAAUAACCAUACCAAUAUGAGUUUUCUUCUAAACCAAUUAUCAACACAACAAGGAGUGCAUCAGAUGCCACAGCGUCCGUCGACGCCGUUGACGGCUGUAAACACACCUUUACCACCAAGUCCUUCUCCGGGUUCACCAAUGGCACAUCUAUCAGAUGACGAUAUGGAUGGCAGCAGUUCGCUUUAUUGUACAAGUCCUGGUGGCAGUCAUGCUGGAUCAGAAUAUGGUAUGGAUAACUUAACAUGGUAAAGAGGGACUAAAUAUGGAUCAUUUCAAUGUAUGUUGUUAUUCAGUCUUAUUCAUCUUUUCUUUAUUUUAGAGGAAAAAUUUUGAUAGAUUUUAUUCCAUCAUAAAAAAUCCUACAAAAAAAAGGUUUCAUUGGCGGUUGGGUUUUUUUGUAGUAUAUAUACAUAUACAUAUUUUAUUAUUAUUAUUAUUAUUAUUAUU